AUGGCGGUAACUACACUGCGAAAAAGCCCUAAAAUCACCUCUUCUCUCCCUCUCUUCUCCAAUGCCACCGCCACCACUGAUCCCUCUCCCCGCUCCACCAUCCUUGACGCCGCCUCCAUCGUCCGUAUCAAAUCCACCAUCCGCGAAGAAUGCAACCCUAGCCGCCUUGCCGAGCUCUUCAAAUCUGCGGCCACCACCCCGCUCUUUUAUGGAGACCGCGUCAUCUACAAGAUCGCAAUCCAAAAGCUUGUUCGUUCUCGCCGUCCCGACCUAAUUGAGCUCCUCCUCGAACAGCAGGUCACCGAUCCCUCCACCCCCAAAUCAGAGGGCUUCCUCAUGCGCAUUAUCUCCCUCUACGGAAGAGCUUCCAUGCCGGAUCACGCUGCUUCAACCUUUGACCGCAUCACUCUUCGCCGUUCGGAGCGCUCGCUCUGCGCUCUCCUCAACGCCUUCCGCGCGUGCGGUCAGCACGCGCGCGUUCUUGAAACAUUCCAGAAAGCUGAGCUGGUGCAUGGGGUCGCCCCGGGGAUAGCCUCUUGCAAUAUUCUUCUUAGAUCGCUUUGUGAAGAUGGCAAAACUGAAGCCGCCCGGAGCAUGCUCGACGAAUUGCCUAAGAGAGAUAUAUUGCCUGAUAUCAUUUCUUAUAAUAUGGUUUUGAAUGGGUAUUUGAAACAGAAGAAUGAGGAAGGCUUUGAGGAGCUUCUGAAGGAAUUGUCGAAAAAGAAGCUGGAUGCUAAUGUGUCGACCUACAACUGCAGAAUAGCUGGGCUUUGCGAUAAAGGAAGGAGCGUUGAAGCGGAGGAACUUUUGGAUGUGAUGACUUCAAAGGGCAUUUCCCCAAAUUUUUUUAGCUUUAAUAGUUUAAUUUUUGGGUUUUGCAAUGAAGGGAAUGCCUGUGCAGCCAUGAGGAUUUUCAGGAGGAUGCAGGAAUUAAAGAGCAAGUAUGGCAGUGCAGCCUCUGCAAAUUCUGCAACUUAUGCAGUUUUGCUCAAUUGUUUGGUUGAGAAAGGAGAAUUUCAUUCGGCUUUGGAGAUCUGCAACCUGUGCUUGAGUAAGAAAUGGGCACCUCCAUUUCAUGCUGUGAAAGGAUUGGUCCAUGGCUUGAUUAAGAACUCAAAUGUGAAGGAAGCCAAGAAUGUUUUAGAAGAGAUGAGGGAAGCUGUUACAGGUGAUUCCAUUGAGGCAUGGAAAAAUGUUGAGGAGAGGAAGAGGGAGAAAGGAGACGAGGCAAAAACCAAUGGUAUUGCCUGCACAAGAAUGGAGAUGACACCAAGGAAGGAGCAACGCAACUUGCCGGAAGAAGGAAUCGAGCAAUCCUUGUGUUUGAUUUGUGCAGAUGAAGGCAACAACAAGUUGAAGCCUGCGAAGUGGAAAGAUGAUGUCGCAAGGAGAGACGUCUCACGCGAACAAGGAAGACGACGACGCCCAUAG